AUGCAUCUAAGAGGUAGCGGGCUUUUGGAAACCAUCGAUAAUACUAAAACGGUGUCGGAUGAGAAAAAGGCUAAAGCCAUGAUAUUUUUACGACACCACAUACAUGAUGGUUUAAAAGAUGAAUAUAUUACGAAAGAGGAUCCUGGGGACCUCUGGAAAUCUCUUAAAGAGAGGUUUGAUCACCAGAAGUAUGUGAUCUUACCAAAAGCCAAACACGAGUGGAUCCAUCUCCGGUUCCAGGACUACAAAAGUGUAAGUGAGUUUAAUUCCGCUAUGUUCGGAAUUACUUCAAGGAUGAUGUUAUGUGGAGAGAAAAUAAGUGAUUAUGAUAUGAUCGAGAAAACUCUCUCCACGUUCUAUCCUGAAAAUGUAGUCCUGCAGCAACAGUACCGGGUGAAUGGAUUUAAGCGUUACUCGGAGUUGAUGUAA